AUGGAAUUAACUUCUAUGGGACUAGAAUAUGCACCGAACAAUCAAAUUCAGUUAAUAGUAACGGAAACAAUUCAAACUAAAACUCUCUGUUCAGCAGCAUGUAAUCAAUUACCAUCUUGUCGCAUAUUCGAUUAUGAUUUAAUUUCAAAACGAUGUCGUCUGUUUGAAGGUGAUUCUAUAACAGGAUCCAUUAUUUCAUCAUCUUCAUCAACAUCUAUUGUUGGCAUUGUUCGUAUUUCAUCAAAUCUUUAUUUAUCAAUCCAUAAUCAAUUUUGUCAAGCAUGUCCAGAAAAUCGAUAUGAAGUUUGUUCUACAAAUACAAAUAAAUGUCAAUGUCCAGUACAUACAUAUUGGAAUGGAUCUGUCUGUGCUCUACAAUUGUUUGAAAAUGAUACAUGUACACAGCCCGAUGCAUGUCGAUCAGACUUGAAUCUUACUUGUACGACAGAUUGUUAUGGAAACUGGCCAAAAUGUUUACCAACAGUUUUUGACAAUACAACCCUUUUACCAAUGCCCUUUGGUGUAACCAUAGCUGGUGCGUGUAAUGGCAGUUCUAGUACCAAUCAAACACUAUUAAGCGCUCCAGCAGACAUUUUAUUAGGUUACAAUAACACAUUGUACGUCGGAGACAAUACUAACCAGUUCUUUAUAUUCAAUCUCAAUAAUCGCACAGGUCAAGUACUUAAAAGUUAUAGCAAUUGGCCUUCAUUUCUUACUCUUGACAAUAGAACUUCAAACAUUUAUAUUACUCUCAUGUAUGCUCAUCUUGCAUAUAUAUGGCCAACGAAUAAAACAAUUCCACCAAGUGGCAUCUCCUACAGUAACUGUUCAAUGUCUUGGUUAUAUUUCCCAACAGGAAUUGUUGUUGAUAGUAUAGGCAAUGUUUAUAUUUCCAGUUAUUCUUGCCAUUGGAUAACUAAAUGGGCGCCAAAUGCUAUUAAUGGUACAGUUGUAGCUGGAUCACCAUCAGGUACACCAGGUACUGAUAGUCUAUCAUUGUAUGUACCUUAUGCUCUUGCUUUGGAUGAAUCUAAUUCAUAUAUAUAUGUGGCUGAUCGCUAUAAUCAUCGCAUACAACGAUUUCUUUUGGGUGGUUCAGGCAUUGGAGUAACAGUAGCUGGCGGAAAUGGUCCAGGUUCAGCUGUUAAUCAGCUUUUUCGUCCAACGGAUAUACAUAUUUCAAGAAUGGAUGGUUCAAUUUAUAUUGCUGAUAGUUACAAUAACAGAAUUCAAAAGUGGCAAAAAAAUGCAACGUUUGGCAUUACUGUUGCGGGAAGUUCAAUUGGAAUAGCAGGUCACACACCAUUCUUAAUGAGUAUGACCUAUGGUUUAGCAGUUGAUUAUGCAGAAAAUUAUUUAUAUGUGUCGGACAGUGGUAAUAAUCGAAUUCAACGCUUUUUUCUUCAAUAA